UGACUGGUCUUGUAAAUGCCUGGCAUUCUUCAGGCAGUGAUGCGGCUGUCUACUGCCGCGCUAGUAUUCCAUUAGAUCGCAGGAACCACUUUCUCAUAAGAGCGUUAAGCAUCAAAGACGGAUUCCAUUUCAACGAGCUGCAAAAUUAUUGGAUAUAAACUGUUAGCUCUUCAUUUCAAUACGCAUCUCUGAAGAAAAACAGACUCAGGCUCUGUACGUACUCCAGAAUCAGAGCUCGGGAAAUAUGGCAAAGUUUCGAUCAGAGCUACAGGUUCCUGUGAAAAAGGACGAAAUGACAUUUCAAGACCGUCAGGUUAAAUCUUGGGAGGAUAUGGAAGUUCGCAUGGAAAAACGCAGGAAGGAAUGGGACGAUGAAUUUGAAAAAAUCCGAAAAGAUUUCUUCACAUUGAAACCUACAGAUAAUCAUAUUGGAAACGGAAGUAUUGGCAAUCACAUCGGACCAAGCAGUAGCAUGGACACACUAAAUUCCAUGUUCGAAAAUGAUGGAACGGGAGAGAGGUUUAAAGUGAGGUUUGAUGUUUCUGAAUUCCGAGCAGAGGAAAUUCAGGUCAAAGUGCAAGACAACAAAUUAUUUGUUUCUGCUAAACACGAAGAGAAAUCUACAAAAGCCUCGGUAAGUCGUGAAUACAGUAGACAAGUCGACAUACCGAAUAACGUUGAUCAGGAGAGACUGCAGUGUGUUUUAAGUAGAGAUGGAAUUCUAACGGUAGAUGGUCCCACUAAAGGACAAAUUCAAAUAGAAAGGGAGACAACUCUGCCAAUACAACACCAGCCAUCAAAUACCCCCAUAGUAACACCAGUGUCUCCAACACCUAACGCUAAUAACCAGAUAACGCCUUUCUCUAAACCACUAGAAAUCGCCACCCCUGUCAAAAACCCCAUCAUUACGGAGCCGGACGGCACGCGCAAACUUCGACUCAGUGUGGACAUCGGGGAGUUCAAACCAGAGGAAAUAGUCGUAAAAACAGCCGACCGGAAGUUGAUUGUACACGCAGAACACGAGGAGAAGUUGUCCGGUCGCACACUUCAUAAGGAGUUUAACAAGGAAUAUGAAUUACCGGAAUCGGUGGAUCAGUCCGCUAUUACGGCUUACAUCGGAGAAGAAGGGAAAUUGUUUGUCGAGGCUCCGCUGAAACCACAACAACAGAAAAGAUAUUCCAUCACACAGAGUCAUGACGUCAGAAAAGUAGUUGUCACCAAGGAAUCCCAAGUGACCAUCACUGAUAGCAACAACCGACCCAUGGUAACUAUCAAUGUACAUCGGCGUUAAAUAGACGCUUGAUUCGUACACAAAAGUGCUGUAGAGAGAACCCAGUGUCUCGAGUAGACAAAAUAUAUUGUCUUCUAUUUCUCUUACAAAAUUUUAUUAAGGCAAAACGAGGAGACAUUCAUACAGAUCUCUCGUAAGAAAUUCAGUUACAAAGAAAAAGUGUCGGGGCCAUUCUAUUCGGUUUCGUCUUCAGAAAUUCACUGGAAAAGGUUUUUUUUUCUUAAGCGAUUUGGAUUAUGCAUUUUGUGUUAAACCCAUUUUACGUAAAAUUGUGUUCAUCACCCUUGCAUCCACUUGUUGCGCAGAUUCAUCAUUGCACAAAUAUGUUAUCUUCAUCGGCAUGCCAACUGUCAGUAACCGGAUAUGACCCUUGACCCCGACAUACACCAGUCGUGUGUUCUCUUCAAUUUAUCUCAGACUCCAAGAAUUACAUAAUGUUUGUUUAAUGUUAUUGAAAACUUUAAGUAUUCCUUAAUGGCAAGCGUCAGUUGGAAGCUUGGAACCAAUCCAAAUUUAAAUCUUUUAGGGAAAUGUGAAAGUUCUGUCAAUGUGAAGACUUCAGUUACGGAUGCAUUGUUGAUCAUGUGAAGACGCUCUUCAUUUCUCGGUAAUUGACUGACAGAUCCUGAGUGGUUAUCUGUAUACGUGAUAAAACCUAAUAGCUCGGGAAAAAAGAACUGUUUUAAUGUUACAUGUUUUUAAAGGUUUUCAUUGUUUAUAUUUAUAUUUAAUAACUGAGAUUAAUAUAUUUAAUUUGUAAAUAUUCAUACGUGUAUAUAGACUGUACGAAGGUUCUUGUAACAUGAGUAUUUAUUCCAUAUUGCCAUUUUGAUUUAGUUAUUAAACUGUUACUGGCCAAUAUACUGUCCAAACAGCAUCUGAUUCAUUGCGAGUCUUUGUGCACACUGACUAGUAUUUUCUCACUUUGCAAGGAAAAUCGCCAUUGAAUGUUGUCAGCAAAGUAGUUGUACUGUGAUAUGCUGUGUUUUACUUUGAGGGAAAGUGCGAGGUCAUUUAUGAAAAAAAGUGCGAAUAAUUUAUAUUCAUGUUCAUGUGGCAAAUGCUCAUAUUUAAAAAAAAAUAAGGGUGGUAACUCACCCCAGCUCAUUCAGUGUGAACCUGUGAUUAAAAAUGGCCGUCUUAUAAAUGUUCAAUAGCUCUUUGUUGUGUCUAUAUGUUUCUAUUGUAGAUAAUUUGUAAAAUGUGUACAAAAAUAAACCUUACUGUCUUUU